AUGAUCGGCUUUGAUAAUACUCGAUUAGUCUUUACCAAGUCACCACCUCUUCACUUCAAAGUCGUUUAAUAAUUUAGUUUUUUAUUAUUGUUAUUUUUGUUUAAAGCAGUUUUGCGGCUUCCAAAGCCCCUUCUUUCUUCUUUCUUCUUCUUCCUUUCAAAGCUUUAGAUCUCACUCUGCAAAAUAAAAAACAAACCCCCCUUUUUUAUUCCACCAGCCAAACAGAAAAAAAAAAAAAAAAAAAAAAAAAAAAAGAAUCAUUAAUCAUAACUCUUCUAAUCUCUUACUCUCUCUUCAAAAUCAACUCUCUCUCUCUCUCUCUCUCUAAAAAUUCUGUCUUUCCCAAAUCCAAAAAUUCUUUGGAAUUUUUGAUCUGCUUUUUAAUGGCGUCCCCUGGGAAUCCAAAUCAACAGCAACAGGCAUUUGACAUGCAUAAGUUCUUUAAAACCACAAACCCACCAACACCCACUUCCCAAAACCCUAAUCCCAAUCUGGGUUCUUCUACCCCAUUCCCAAUCCCACCUUCGUCUUAUCCUCCACCUUCUGGUCCUUUCUCUUACCCUCCCAAUACCGCGCCGUUUCACCAGUUCCAGUACCACCCUCAUCCCCAUCAACCUCCUCACCCCCACCACCAAAUCCCUUACUCUCAGGAGCCCUCUAGCUUGCACCACCAGAGGUCUCUCUCGUAUCCUACGCCGCCUCUCCAACCUCCACCUAAUUACAACAUUGCCACUCCUCCUCCUCCUUCUCCGACUAACAACAAUCCCAACAAUCCCAAUUCUGGUGCCAGAAUCAUGGCCUUGCUUGGUGCUCCGUCGCCCAAUAUGGAAUUGCCUCCGCAAGCCACAUCCGGCGUGACGGAUUUCUCUGGGCCCGCCGGAGCUAUUCCGGUGGUGCCCACGAUCCCUAUGGGCAUAACUCCGACGGGCCCGAUUCGAAUGCCGAGCAGUAAGCUUCCCAAGGGCCGGCAUUUGAUCGGCGAUCACGUGGUUUAUGAUGUGGAUGUUAGGCUGCAAGGUGAAGUACAGCCUCAGCUUGAAGUCACUCCGAUCACCAAGUAUGGUUCGGAUCCUCAGCUGGUGCUGGGCCGCCAAAUUGCAGUGAAUAAGUCGUAUAUAUGCUAUGGAUUGAAGCAGGGGAACAUUAGGGUUCUUAAUAUUCAUACUGCAUUGAGAUCUCUGUUUAGAGCUCAUACUCAGAGGGUUACGGACAUGGCUUUCUUUGCGGAGGAUGUUCAUCUUUUAGCUAGUGUGAGUAUAGAAGGACGCCUUUUUGUAUGGAAAAUUUCUGAAGGUCCAGAUGAUGAAGGAACGCCACAAAUCACAGGAAAGAUUGUUAUUGCCAUUCAAAUUGUUGGAGAGGGGGACGCUUCACAUCCACGAAUUUGUUGGCAUUGUCACAAACAGGAAGUUUUGGUAGUUGGGUUUGGAAAACGUGUUUUGAGAAUUGAUACUACGAAGGUUGGAAAAGUUGAAUCCUUUUCUGCUGAGGAACCUCUUAAAUGUCCUGUUGAAAAGCUUAUUGAUGGGGUGCAAUUUGUUGGCAAGCAUGAUGCAGAAGUGACUGAUUUGUCAAUGUGCCAAUGGAUGACCACCCGUUUGGUUUCUGCUUCUAUGGAUGGCACGAUAAAGAUUUGGGAAGAUCGCAAGGCACAACCACUUGUUGUUCUGAGACCCCACGAUGGUCAGCCUGUUAAUGCAGCUACAUUCUUGACUGCUCCUCACAGGCCAGAUCACAUUAUACUUAUUACAGCAGGGCCGUUGAAUAGGGAAGUGAAGAUUUUGGCCUCAGCAAGUGAAGAAGGAUGGUUGCUGCCUAGUGAUGGUGAUUCAUGGAAAUGUACCCAGACCUUAGACUUGAAGAGUUCAGCUGAACCUCGAAUUGAGGAGGCAUUCUUUAAUCAAGUUGUUGCAUUGCCUCAAGCAGGCCUUCUCUUACUUGCCAAUGCUAAGAAAAAUGCUAUAUAUGCUGUACACUUGGAAUACGGUCCUAAUCCAGUGUCAACACGAAUGGAUUACAUAGCAGAAUUUACAGUGACCAUGCCUAUUUUGAGUUUUACUGGGACAAGUAUUUCGCCUCAUGGUGAACAUAUUGUUCAGGUUUAUUGUGUUCAGACACAGGCUAUUCAGCAGUAUGCUUUGGAUUUAUCCCAGUGCUUGCCUCCCCCACUUGAGAAUGUGGGAUUAGAUAAAUCUGAUUCCACUGUUUCACGUGAUGCUACUAGUGUUGAUGGAUUUGCUACCUUGGACCCAACUGGAGCAAAGUCAAGUGAGAUCCCAGGAAUUGCUUCUGCUUUCAAACCAACUGGCUCUGAGAAUGCAAUUGCAGGGAGAUAUCCUGUAAGCUCUAAUACAGUUGAGGUGCCCACUUCAAAAGAAACUGCCACUUGGAAUACAGAAUUGAAACCUGCCGCUUUGACACCAGCAACUAGUGAUGCUGAAAUUGUUUGUGUUCCGUCCCCACCUCUUCCUUUGAGCCCUCGAUUGUCAGGGAAACUUUCUGGUUUAAGGAGUCCAGCAGAUAAUUUUGAGCCAGGUCCCUCAUUCAAUGAGCAUGCUGGAGAUCAAACAGUUAAUGAUUACUCAGUUGACAGGCAGAUGGACCCUAUACGUGCAAACCUGUCCGAUGUGCCUACAUUGGUUGAUGAUUCAAGGAAUGAUGAGAAGAAAGUGGUGCAGGAUGAUAUGUCUGGCAUGCUUAAUCCCCCUGUCAUGUUUAAACACCCAACUCAUCUGAUAACUCCGUCUGAGAUUCUAAUGGCAGCUUCAUCCUCUGAUUCUAUCAAACCUAUUGAUGGAAAAAGUGAAAAUGAGGCAAAUAUCCAAGAUGUAGUUGUUAAUGGUGAUGUGAGUAAUGCUGAGUUGGAGGUUAAAGUUGUGGGUGAAACAAGAUCUACUCAUACUGAUGAAUAUGGUCCUCAAGGAGAACAUCAAAAUAUUGUUUCAGAAACUAAAGAAAAAUAUUUUUGCUCCCAGGCGUCAGAUCUUGGAAUUGAGAUGGCCCGAGAAUGUGGGGCGAUAUCUGCUGAAACUUAUAUUGCAGAUGAGGCUCGGCAGGCUGGUGAUGGCAGCAAUUCAGAGCAGCUGGCCCAACCUUCUCAUACAGGUGAGGAAGACCAGGAUUCCACGAAAGAUGUAUCUGGGAAGGGUUCAGAAUCAUCUACAUCUGCAACAGCUAUGCCAAUACAGACCCCGAACUCAAAGGCGAAAAAACAAAAGGGUAGAAGCAAUCAAGCUUCAGGUCCUUCCUCAUCUCCAAGUGUGCUCAAUUCAACUGAUUCCUCUGGUGAACCAGUUGGGAAUUCAAGUCUGGAAGCGGCAUUUCCUCAAAUUAUGUCUAUGCAGGAGAUGCUUAACCAGCUAGUAACCAUGCAGAAGGAAAUGCAGAAGCAGAUGACUAUGAUGGUUGCUGUCCCAGUCACUAAGGAAGGGAGACGACUGGAGGCUGCUCUUGGAAAAAGCAUGGAGAAGGCUGUUAAGGCGAACAAUGAUGCUCUGUGGGCUCGUUUCCAAGAAGAGAAUGCUAAAAAUGAGAAGUUAUCACGAGACCGUACACAGCAAAUAACUAGUCUAAUUAGUAAUUUUGUGAACAAGGACUUACCAACCUUGUUAGAGAAAACUUUGAAGAAGGAAAUUGCAGCUAUUGGGCCAGCUGUAGUUCGCACAAUCACACCAACUAUUGAGAAAACAAUAUCUUCAGCAAUUGUAGAUUCCUUCCAGCGAGGAGUGGGUGAUAAAGCAGUGAAUCAAUUGGAGAAAUCAGUUAACUCAAAACUUGAGGCUACAGUUGCUAGACAAAUCCAAGCACAGUUUCAAACUUCUGGCAAACAAGCACUUCAGGAUGCUCUAAAGUCUAGUUUUGAAGCUUCAGUCAUCCCUGGCUUUGAAAUGUCAUGCAAAGCCAUGUUUGAACAAGUAGAUGCUACAUUCCAGAAAGGACUUGCUGAACACACAAAUGCAGCUCAGCAGCAUUUCGAGUCCUCACAUUCUCCUUUGGCUCAUGCUUUAAGGGAAGCCAUUAGUUCCGCAUCAACGGUGACUCAAACAUUAAGUGGAGAGUUGGCUGAUAGUCAGAGGAAGCUGAUAGCUCUUGCAGCUGCAGGAGCGAACACUAGCGUUCCAUUGGUAUCCCAACUAAGUAAUGGACCUUUGGGUGGUCUCCAUGAGAAGGUGGAGAUGCCCAUGGAUCCAACAAAGGAGCUGUCGAGAUUGAUAUCCGAACGCAAGUAUGAGGAGGCCUUCACUGGAGCUCUACAAAGAAGCGAUGUGACCAUUGUAUCAUGGUUGUGUUCUCAGGUUGAUCUACGGGGGUUAUUAACGAUGGUUCCUCUACCAUUAAGCCAAGGAGUGCUGCUUUCUCUUUUACAACAAUUGGCAUGUGACAUCGGCAAUGAUACACCCCGCAAACUGGGAUGGAUGACAGACGUGGCAGCCGCCAUAAACCCAGCAGACCCUAGAAUUGCAGUGCAUGUACGGCCGAUCUUUGAGCAAGUAUAUCAGAUACUUCAUCAUCAACGUAGCUUGCCUACGAUGACUGGUGCGGAGCAAUCCAGUAUACGACUGGUCAUGCACGUCAUCAACUCCGUGCUCCUGACCUGUAAAUGAAGGCUGUACCCAAAACUCACCAUUUUGUGCACAAAAAUGAGAAAAGUAAAAAGGAAAAGCAAGCAAUUUUACUUGAGGUACCCUCUAUAGUUUGUAUAAAAGCAUGUCCAUUAUGUGUGAUCUUUUAGUGAAAGGGUCCCUUUCUCAUCCACCAUGUAGAGUCGGUUUAUGUUUCUAGUGAGCUUUUUAUUUUUAUUGUUAUUUUAGGUAUAAUUUUUUUUUUUUUUUGGGGGGGGGUUCUUUGUAAUUUAUCUUUUUUUUUCAUUUGUGAAAUGUCUUUCUGAGUUCAAAAGAAAUUUUGCAUUAUCUUGAAACUGCGGCAAAAGCAUGUGUCAAUAGUUUCACCCCUUUUUUUUUUUAUUUAAUUUAUUUUCCUUAUGGGGGGUUUCAAUUCUGGUCUAGGAAGCCUUGCAGUCAUUUUAUCCUAGAUUGGCUUUGAUUACAAUUCUUAUGUUUAUAAUCAAUUUAACAAAAUUAUACUGGAAAGAACGACGAAAAAAUUAACAGCUCAUAUCCUCUUAAAUUUACUAUAUUAAAACCUUACUUUUAUGAUUCUUGUAUUUACUAAGAAUGGGAAAAAGAAAGAUAAGACAGAAGAAAUGGACUGCACACCUGAAAAAUAAUUUUAAUUUUCUAAGGUGAAUGGAAAAUGUGAACAAACAUUUUUGAAGAAUUACGAACCAACUUUCUUUCAAAAACAGCCACAUAAAACCAGUAAGAAUUUGGACCCAUGAAAAAAUUGACAGAAAAAUCACUGCUGAAUUAAUUAAUAAACUUUUAAGCCAAAAAAUAAUUAAUUAAUUAAUAAGCUCUUCCUAUUAUUAUAGCACAAAAAAUGCUCUUUUCUUUUUUUUUUUUUUAACUGAUCAAAACCAUUUCCAUACUUAAAGUUGCAGAAUUUAGUCCAAAAAAAGAUAUUCAGAAACCCCAAAAAGAAUAAUCUUAAUAGCACAAUAAGAAUUUACAUGACUCUUUAUCUCUCAACUCUCUACAUUGAUAUUAUAAAAAGUGAUUUUUUUUUUUUUGGGCAUUUACAUUACAUGUUAGCUAAUAAUACUAAAUUUAGAAGCUUUAGUUCCACUUAAACCAAAAAAAAAAAAAAAAAAAGAAAAGAAAAA